UCAGAUUUGUCCCAGAGCCAUGUUGUUUGGACACACGGCUUCUAUCACCUGUCUUUCUAAAGCCAGCACGUCGAGUGACAAGCAGUAUAUUGUCAGUGCAUCGGAGAGUGGGGAGAUGUGUUUAUGGGAUGUGAACGAUGGACGCUGUAUUGAGUUCACUAAGCUGGCCUGCGCUCACACUGGCAUACAAUUCUAUCAGUUCACCAUCGGCACUCAAAGGGAGGGACGUCUGCUCUGCAACGGCCAUUACCCAGAAAUCCUUGUGGUGGAUGCCACCAGCCUGGAGGUCCUGUACUCGCUGGUGUCGAAGAUCUCCCCUGACUGGAUCAGCUCCAUGAGCAUCAUCCGAUCUCACCGCACACAAGAGGACACAGUGGUGGCGGUGUCAGUCACUGGGAUUCUGAAGGUCUGGAUCAUCACAGCUGAGGUCAGCAGGAUGCAGGACCUGGACCCCGUGUUUGAAGAAGAAUCUAAACCCAUCUACUGUCAGGGCUGUCAGAGUAUUUCCUUCUGCACCUUCACGCAGAGCAGCCUGCUGGUCGUCUGCUCCAAGUACUGGAGGGUGUUUGAUGCCGGUGACUACUCGCUGCUCUGCUCCGUGCCCAGUGACACCGACCAGGCCUGGACCGGAGGAGAAUUCAUCGCUGCAGACAAAGUCAUCAUCUGGACCGAGGACGGCUGCAGCUACAUCUACAAGCUGCCCGCCAGUUGUCUGCCUGCGAGCGAACACUUCCGCAGUGAUGUUGGUAAAACCAAAGAAGGCUCCAUCCCUCCUCUGGUCUACAGCAUCGCCAGCCGCUCAGACAAGCAGCUCUUAAUCUGUCCUCCCGUGACUCGGUUCUUCUUCGGCCGGCGGGAGCCCUUCCACAAGCUGCUGAUCCAGGGGGACUCGGCCGGCAGACUGUCCCUGUGGAGCGUCCCGGACACCUCGCCUCUGCAGCCGCUGUCCACCGCCGCUGAGCUGCAGGUGUCGUCCACCGUCAGUCUCCAGGAGGCGUUUGAUAAGUUGACCCCUGUGUCCGCUGGGAUCAUCGACCAGCUCAGUGUCCUGCCCGGCAGAGAAGAGCCCAUCAAGGUGACGGCCAGCGUGUACAUCCCCUCUCAGGGCCGAAUGGUGUGUGGCAGAGAAGACGGCAGCAUCAUCCUGGUUCCCGCCACUCAGACCGCUAUCGUUCAGCUGUUGCAGGGGGAGCACAUGCUCCGCAGAGGCUGGCCGCCCCAUCGCACGCUGCGAGGUCACAGGAACAAGGUGACGUGCGUCCUGUAUCCGUACCAGAUCUCACCCCGAUAUGACCAGCGCUCCCUGGUUUCCGGAGGCGUGGACUUCUCCGUCAUCGUCUGGGACAUUUUCACCGGGGAGAUGAAACACAUCUUCUGUGUCCACGGGGGAGAAAUCACGCAGCUCAUCAUCCCGCCUGAAAACUGCAGCAAUCGUGUGCAGCACUGCGUCUGCUCGGUGGCCAGCGACCACUCCGUCGGCCUGCUGAGCCUCAGGGAGAGGAAGUGCAUCAUGCUGGCGUCGCGGCACCUGUUCCCCAUACAGGUCAUCAAGUGGCGCCCGGCGGACGACUACCUGGUGGUGGGCUGCUCCGACGGCUCCGUCUACGUCUGGCAGAUGGAUACAGGUGAGAAACGGUUGUGA